AUGGAUUAUGCUACUGCUGAGGAUGAUGAUGAUGAUGAUGAUGAUGAGGAGGAGGAGGAGGAGGAGGAGGAGGAGGAGGAUGAAUGUGCAGCUGCCAAACUUAACAAGAAACGUAAAUUAAUAGAGCUAACUUCUGUCAUUCAACUCAAGCUCAUUACACUGUUAGUUGUGCUGACAAAAUUCGCCCACGUCUCAUCCCGUUACACGAACGUCAACAGCCGUAGACACGGCAGCUGUUCUUCCACCCUCUCCCCUUAG